CAAACAUGUGUGUGUUAUAAGUAGAUCCCUCGUGUCAGAAGAUCACACAAGAGAAGGGAUCGAAUCCAACUUUCUUUUUUUAAUUUGUUUUUCUUUGUCUUCUUUGCCAACAGCCUAGCCGGCCCCCUCUUUGUCCGAGGAAAAUCUCUCUUUAUCUCCUUAUUAAUUAUUAAUAAUAUUGUUCAUCUUCUUCUAAUACAUAUCCAAACCCUAAACCCAUUCUUGAUCUGAUGAUGGCGUCUUCUCCUCCCAAUCGCCUAGUCUUAGACCCUUCACGCAUCACAACUCGUUUCACUCGCAAAUUCCUUCGGUCCCUCCAAAGCCUCAACCGCCGCCACAACUCCGCGGACUCUCCGCCCCCGACUCGGUAUAGACGCUACCGCAAGAUAAAGCUCGCCGCUUACGCCUCCAUGGCCUCCGCCGUCGGCACCGACCGAGCCUGGAGCCGCGCCCUGCUUUGGAGGAUCCGCACCCGAGCUUCUCUCCACCGCGGCCCGACCAAAUCCAGGCUGAAACGCGAUGGUAAAUUUCGUGGUGGGAGGAAUGAGACAAAUAGAGGAUGGGAAAAUACAAAAGAGCUUCGGAAGAUCGUUCCAGGGGGUGAAGCAAUGGAUAUGUGCUGUUUGCUGGAUGAAACUGCCCAUUACAUUCAGUGCCUUGCUUCCCAGGUUGGUUGGUUGGUUAGGCGAUUUCAACAAGCAAUCUCUCAUUUAAAGUUUUAUAGCCGGAUCAUUCAUACAUAGAAACUACCAAACUUUGCUUGAAUCCAGGUGAUAUUGUUCUCGCUUGAAACAUCUACUUAUUGUUCAUGUCUUCAAGAAUUAGAAAGUAUGAAUCGGGGUGCGAGAAACGAAAGAAAAAAAAAGAGAUUGGAUGCGGUAACCGAGUCUCAAAGAGGAGCUCUAGAUAGAUUUAUGAUAAAAAACUCUAGUGCUAGUGGAAGUGCUAUUGUAAACUCUAGCGUGAACUUAGAUGGUGAUUUGCCUAUUGAGAAUGACAAAGAAAUUGAUGAUCUAUCAGAUAAGGAUGUUGUUAGGGAUGGCGAUGAGAAUAAUAGUGAUCCCACUCCGAGUGAUACUGAAAAUCAUGAACAAUCUAAAAUCGGAGAAACUUUUCAAAUCGAUAUAUUUGAUCCUAGAAAUUGGGAUGCUCUAAGUUCAAACAUGAUAUUUUAGUUGAGAAAGGGUUGAAAAGAGACAUGUCUAUUGAGAAUUAUACGAGAGAUAAAUAUAACAAAUGUUUUUCUUGCUCAUAUUAUACAAGAGUUUUAUCAAAUGGGAAAAAAUGUGAUCGAGAUUGGCUUGUAUAUUCAAGGGAACUUGAUAGAAUCUUUUGCUUUUGUUGUAAAGUGUUUUAUAAAGGUUCAAGGAGAGGGCAACUAGCAUUAGAAGGUUUUAAUGAUUGGGCACAUCUUUCAAUCAGGAUUAGAGAGCAUGAAAUAAGUGCUGAGCAUAUUAAAAAUAUGGCCACUUGGUAUGAGUUGCGAUGGAGGCUUAAACAUAAUCAAACAAUUGACAAGACGACCCAAGAAUUAAUUAAAAAUGAAACGGAUCACUGGAACAAUGUGUUGUUGAGAAUUAUUUCGAUUGUCAAGUUUUUGGCAAAACAUAAUUUAGCUUUCCGAGGUAGUAAUGGGAGGUUGUAUGAAGCCAAUAAUGGAAACUUUUUAGGCUUAAUUGAAAUGCUAGCCGAGUUUGAUCCUGUAAUUCAAGAGCAUGUUAGGCGUAUCACAAAUGAUGAGAUUUAUUUUCAUUAUCUUGGUCAUGCUAUUCAAAAUGAAUUGAUACUUUUGCUUGCCUCUCAAAUUAAGUCUGAAAUCAUACGGAAAAUUAAACAAGCAAAGUACUUUUCAGUGAUACUUGAUUGUACUCCAGACACUAGCCACCAAGAACAAAUGUCUUUAAUAUUGAGAUAUGUGGAUGUCUCUUCGAAUGAUGUUGGCAUUGAGGAAUCAUUUUUAGGCUUUUUGAAUGUUGAUGAUACAACUGGCCAAGGACUUUUUGAUGUUUUACAAGAUGAAUUAAAAAAAUUGAUUCUUGAUAUAGAUGAUGUAAGAGGUCAGGGAUAUGAUAACGGAUCAAACAUGAAAGGAAAACAUCAAGGAGUUCAAAAAAAAUGUUGGACAUAAAUCCAAGAGCUUUUUAUGGACCAUGUGGGUGUCAUAGUCUUAAUUUGAUAUUAUGUGAUAUGGCUAAUGCUUGUGGUAAGGCAAGAGAUUUUUUUGGAAUUGUUCAACGCAUUUACACAAUUUUUGCGAAUUCAACCAAAAGAUGGCAGGUUUUGAAAGACCAUGUUAAGGGAUUAACUCUGAAAUCAUUAUCGGCCACUCGUUGGGAGAGUCGCAUUGAAAGUGUGAAAGCUAUAAGGUUCCAAAUUGGGGACAUUCGUGAAGCUUUACUUGAGAUAUCUGAAAAAGAUAGCGAUUCUAAAAUCUGUAGCGAAGCGAAGUCAUUAGCGUUGCAUGAACUAAGUAAUUUUGAAUUCUUAGUGGCAAUAGUUAUUUGGUAUGAAAUCAUAUAUCAUGUUAAUUUGGUCAGUAAGACUUUGCAAUCAGAGAGCAUGCUUAUAGAUGUUGCUAUUCAAGAGAUAAAGAGUUUGAUUACUUUUUUUGAGGGAUACCGGGAAAGUGGUUAUGAAAAUGCUAUAGAAGAAGCCAAAAAAUUGCCUUUGAGCUAGAUAUUGAUCCAAUAUUUCCUCAAAGGAGACCAAUUCGACGAAAGAAGCAAUUUGAUGAGAGUCGAGAUAGCACUUCAGAAGUUGUUAAUCUAUCUGCUGAUGAGUCGUUUAGACUUAAUUAUUUUUUAUAUAUUGUUGAUCAAGCUAUUGUUUCAUUGAGAAGGAGGUUUGAGCAAUAUCAGGAAUUUGAGAGUAUUUUUGGAUUUUUAUUUACUUCUGAGAAAUUGAGUUCACUAUAAGAUGCACAAUUGAAGUUAUGUUGUUCUCAUCUUGAAGGUGCUCUUAAGAAAGAUGAACAGUCUGAUGUUGAUGGAGAUGAUAUGUAUAUGGAAUUGAAACUUUUUUUCUCUUUCUUACCGAAGAAAAAGUUUGGACCUAUUGAUCUCUUCAAAUUUUUGAAGCGUUAUACUUGUUUUCCUAAUGUAGUUGUUGCAUACAGAAUAAUGUUGACUAUCCCAAUGACUGUGGCAAGUGCAGAAAGAAGUUUCUCCAAACUUAAAUUGUUGAAAUCUUAUUUGCGAUCUACAAUGUCACAAGAGAGACUUAAUGGUUUGGCAAUGAUAGCGAUUGAGAAUGAGUAUUUGGAGAAGAUUGAGUACAAGGAUUUGAUCGAUGAUUUUGCUUCAAAGACGGCAAGGAGGACAACUUUAUUUAAGUGACAACAAUACAAUUCUAUGUAGUUAUUUUAAAAUUUAAAUUAUGUCAUUUUCUAUAUAAACACUUGAACGAUUAAUUUUGUUGAACAUUAUAACUUUGUUUUUAAAGAACUUUAUGACUUUGUUAUUAUAUGUGAUUUUGUUUUUAUUUAUACGUGGG